AUGCAGGCGGCGAUCAACAAGCUCGUAGGGAAGGAGGAAUACAGCCAGGCCGACGUCCCAGACUUGCAUGGCAGGACGGCAGUAGUGACGGGCGGGACGGGCGGUAUAGGAUUCGAGGUGGCCAAAACCCUCGCCCUUGCCAAAGCCCGCGUUCUCCUCCUCGCGCGCGGCAGCGAAAAUGCCGAAGAGGCCAUCUCAAAGAUCCGUACUGCUGCUCAAGACUCCUCGGGUGCUCUCAUCGACGUGACGUUCAUCGAGUGCGACCUGGGUAACCUCAAGCACGUCAAGAAGGUCGGCGACCAAAUCCGGGAGCAAGAGGAGCGGCUCGACCUUCUCAUCUGCGACGCCGGCGUGGGCGUGAACAAGUACGACACCUCGACGGAUGGCAUCGACCGACAUUUUGCCGUGAACCAUCUCGGGCAUUUCUACCUCGUCAACCGGCUCCUGCCGCUCAUGCGGCGCACAGCCGCACAGCCACACACGCCCGCCCCGCGCAUAGUCUGUGUCUCAUCCUCGCUUCACGCGGCCGCACCGUCUUCAGUGCGCUUCAAGUCGCUCGACGAAAUCAACACCGAUAUUGGGUCCGUGCAGCUGUACGCCCGCAGCAAGCUCGCGAACAUCUUGUUCGUCAAGUUCGGGAUCAUCGAGCGUGUGCUGGGUCCUGCAAGCGACCGCAUCCUUGCACUCGCUACGCACCCCGGCGCGGUGCACACGGGGCAGCAGGAGCAGUUCAAAGAGGCAUACGGCAACCUGGCGGGCACCGUGAUGAAGCAUGCAACGAUUCCGUUCAUGCGUAAUCCGGAUCAGGGAAGUUUGAGUACUCUGUGGGCAGCGACGUGCGAGGAAGUCGAGCAACACAGCCCGAAGUGGAACGGACGUUACAUCACGGACCCCGGAGAGGGAAGCAAGGAGAGUGACAUGGCGCGCGAUGCACAACUCGGAGAGAACUUGUGGAAGCUGAGCGAGCAACUGAUAACGGACAAAGUGGGCGACGACGCGUUGUUACCGUGGAACGAAAGGAAACCGUAG